AUGGGCAACUGCGUCUCUGCCCAGGACCGCGAGGCCCUCCAGCGCUCACAGGAGAUCGACCGCCAGAUCGAGGAGGACUCGCGGAAGUUCAAGAAGGAGUGCAAGAUCCUGCUGCUUGGCUCGGGAGAGUCGGGGAAGUCGACAAUCGUCAAGCAGAUGAAAAUCAUUCACCAAAAUGGCUACAACAAGGCCGAGCUCAUGACAUACCGCACGACAAUCUACAAGAACCUCCUCGAGUCCGCCCACAACAUCAUUCUCGCGAUGCGCAAGCUUGGUGUCGACCCUGUGAACCCCGAGAACCGGGCACGGACAGACGAGAUCUUUGAUUAUGAGGUUACCGCCGAGCCGAACUUCUAUUUCUCGGAAGAGAUGGCGAAAGCGAUAUAUGAGCUCUGGCAAGAUCCUAUCAUCUCGACGGUUAUGGACCAUAGUAGCGAGUUCUACCUUAUGGACAGCGCAAGCUACUUCUUCACAGAAGCACUACGGAUAGGCACUCCCGUCUAUGUACCUACAGAGAUGGAUGUCUUGCGAGCGCGAGCGAAAAGCACAGGCAUCACAGAAACACGCUUUACGCUUGGACCACUAUCGAUACACAUGUUCGAUGUCGGCGGCCAACGUUCAGAACGGAAGAAGUGGAUACACUGUUUCGAGAGCGUCACAAGCAUCAUCUUCUGUACCGCACUGAGUGAGUACGACCAGGUACUCCUCGAAGAGCGAAAUCAGAAUCGCAUGCACGAAUCUCUAGUGUUGUUCGAUUCCGUGAUCAACUCGCGGUGGUUCCUGCGAACUUCGAUUAUCCUGUUCCUGAACAAAAUCGAUGUGUUCAAGAACAAGCUUCCGAAGGUCCCACUGGAGCGGUAUUUCCCGGAGUACACGGGCGGGGCAGACAUCAACAAGGCGGCGAAGUAUAUCUUGUGGAGGUUCAUGCAGGCGAACCGGGCGCGGUUGAGCGUGUACCCACAUUUGACGCAGGCGACGGAUACGAGCAAUAUCAGACUAGUGUUCGCAGCAGUCAAGGAGACGAUAUUGCAAAAUGCGUUGAAAGAUUCAGGAAUCUUGUAG